GGAAUAUGAAGAAGGUGACCUUUCGGCAUUUAGGCACGAACCAAACGAAUCCGCAAAUGCUAGAAGAAAACGAAUGAUCAGAUAUCUAUAUUAUGAUCCAACUCUAUCGCAAAAAAUUGCAAUAUGGAAGGCUAAGUUUUUCGCUACGGGAUGGAUAUGGGUAGCAACAGCAAUCAGUACAUACAUAGCCCUAAAUGGAUUACACUACGCGAACCGUCAUUUUGAAAAGGGGCGCUACAACAUAUAGAUCGCAACCCAUGUUGCAACAAGGGAAUAUUGUACAUUAUACAGGGCCUAAUCACUUAGAAUGUGUAUGUUACAAAAGUA